AAUCCAAACUCCGGGGUGCACGGAUAAAAGCGCGGGAAGGUCCGGAGACGGUUGAUUGUACGUACGGAAAGCUCCACCCCCUUCUGCUCCCGACACGCGUAACCACGGUGUUCCGACACGCAUACCGAAGAACCAACCGCCUUUUCUCUCUCCCCCAUUUUGUUCGGUUUUCAUCUCUCUCUCUUCACUUUGUCUCCUUUACCAUUGCGAAUUCAUCCUCAAUCUGCGUUAUUCUCUGCAAAUCAAGGUCAAUCAAUCCAUGGCGUCCCAAAGCCGGACGAAGAAGUUGUAUCCGGAAGUCCUUCAAUCCAAUCCAGACGCCGCGUCACCGUUUCUCUCAAACCCUAACUCUAAUCCUCCCCCCUCUCAAUCCUCCCUCUACCCUUCAUUAGACAUGAAAGACCUCGAGGAGAAUCUAUUCCUCGAUGCCGACGAUCAUCAUCGCCCCUGUGACUCCAACUCUCAGGCGCCGUCAGCCCCUCCCGAACAAGUCUCUGUCGAGGAGUUGUUGAUCCGAGUCCCCGGCGCCGUCCUCAACCUCAUCGACAAGCACUACAGCGUCGAGCUCGCUUCAGGCGAUCUGACGAUUGUUCGACUCCGACAGGGUGACAACGUCGUUGCGGUGCUCGCUUGCGUUGGGGACGAGAUCCAGUGGCCGCUUGCCAAGGACGAGGCCGCGGUUAAGCUUGACGAAUCGCAUUACUUCUUUUCUCUUCGUGCUCCGAAGGUGAGUGGAUCGGACUAUAGUGAUGAUGAUGAUGAUGAUGAGAGAAAACUCUCUAAUGAGGCCGAUGAGUUGUUGAACUACGGUUUGACGAUAGCGUCGAAAGGCCAGGAGAGCCUGUUGAAGGAGCUCGAUGCCGUGUUGGAGCAUUACAGUAGUUUCUCGGUGCAGGAGGCAAAGAAGACGUCGGAGAUUUUGGGCGUUUCAGCGGCAAAGGAGAUCUCGCCGGUGGAGUUGAAAUCGAAGAAGAAGAAGGAAUUGAUGGAAGGGAGCUGUGCCGCAUAUUGGACAACGUUGGCUCCAAAUGUGGAGGAUUACAGCGGGAUAGCAGCAAAGUUGAUUGCUUCAGGGUCAGGGCAGCUGAUUAAGGGCAUUCUAUGGUGUGGUGAUGUGACGGUUGAGAGGUUGAAAUUGGGCAAUGAUGUUAUGAAGAAGCGGAUGAAUCCAACUUUGAAGACCGAGAUCAGUCCAGAAACUUUGAGGAGGAUUAAAAGGGUUAAGAGGAUGACCAGGAUGUCAGAGAAGGUCGCAACUGGGGUCCUCUCUGGGGUUUUGAAGGUCUCAGGAUUUUUCACAAGUUCUGUUGCAAACUCAAAAGUGGGCAAGAAAUUUUUUGGCCUCCUGCCUGGGGAAAUCGUCCUUGCUUCCUUGGAUGGAUUUAAUAGAGUCUGUGAUGCUCUUGAAGUUGCUGGAAGGAAUGUAAUGUCAACAUCAUCCACUGUGACGACAGGCCUUGUCUCCCACAGGUAUGGGGAGGAAGCAGGAAAGGCAACAAAUGAAGGACUUAAUGCUGCAGGGCAUGCCAUAGGGACUGCAUGGGCUGUUUUCAAGAUCAGGAAGGCCUUGAACCCUAAAAGUGUUCUCAAACCUUCCACCCUUGCCAAAUCUGCAGCCAAAGCUGCGGCUGCUGAGGCCAAGGCAGCUAAAACUUCCAAGUAGCUUGUACCCUUCUUACCCAUUUGCCCAUCGGAAUACUGCUUCUACCUUACCUCUGCCUCAACAGCUAAGCUAAAGAAAGCACUGCACAUUCCUUACCUCUGCCUCUUAACAGCUAAAGCUAAGAUGUUUCUGGUUUUACGGCGACGAAGUCGGUGAAGAUUUAGAAGGUGUUAAAUCUGAUUUUGCAUCGUGGUUUUCCAUCGUUGAUCCAUUUUUUUUUAUUCCGGCAACGGUUUUGGUCAACAUGGUUUUCUUUCCGGUGAUGGUUGAGUUGCUAUAAAGGUGCCUUUUAGUGCUUUUGUUGAGUUACUUUUUGAUGUAGUUUGAUUUUUGAUUAGAAUUGAUAGCCUUUUGUGCCCUUGGGUAUGGUCAGGUUGAGUGUAUUUGCAUUGUUUUUGUUUGAUGGGGUGCAUUGGUCUUCCUUCUCUCGGGUAUGCCAAGAAUUUCUGUAUAUAUCCAUUUUGAUCAAUAUAAUUUACAUUUACCGAUAUAAAUAAAUAAA